UAAUAUAUUCGUUAAAGUGAAUGUGUGUGUGUGUGUGUGAAUUUAUAAAAGAAUCACAAUUAAUUAUUCGUUUUUCGUGUUUAAUAAUAUCUAUCAUGUUGCUGAAAAAUUGUCUUCGCGUUGAACUAUGCGAUUUAAAAUCAUGGCUACGUGUAUCGAAUACGUUGAAACAAUGAUCGUCGAAAAUUCAAACGAAAGUGUUCGAUAAUUCUUGCCAAUAAAAAUAAUAAAAUCAUGCGGACUAAUAUUGAAAAAUACAUUGACAAUUUUUUCUCCAACGAUCUAAUCUAAUUACUUUCGAAUAAAAUUAUAUCGAAUGAAUAUCGUUGACGACGCACAUCGAAAUUAAAAAAAAAAAAGAAAAUAAAAAGAAAAGAAGAAAAGAAGAAAACAAAAAAAGAUAAGAGAGAAGAAUAAAUUCGUGAUGCAGUCGUUGGAAAAUACAUUGAAUUUAACAAACAAUUAUCCUUGGAAUACAUCGUUACUGUGGUUCGACAAUUAUACCUUCAACCUGUCAUGUGGGGAAUGUAUAAACAAUACGAAUUUGACGGAUCUCGAAUUGAGAAAUCAAUUCGUACUGCCAUGGUGGAGACAAAUUAUAUGGAGUUUACUAUUCGCCGGUAUGAUCAUCGUAGCAACCGGUGGAAAUUUAAUAGUGAUAUGGAUAGUAUUGGCGCACAAAAAAAUGCGCACCGUGACCAAUUACUUUUUGGUCAAUUUAAGUAUAGCCGAUGCUAUGGUGUCUACGUUGAACGUUACAUUUAAUUACAUUUACAUGCUCAACAGUCAUUGGCCGUUUGGUACACUUUACUGUAAGAUUUGCCAAUUCAUUGCGGUACUCACAAUUUGUGCUAGUGUCUUCACUUUGAUGGCUAUAUCGAUAGAUCGGUUUAUGGCCAUAGUGAAUCCAUUGAGACCAAGAAUGGGUCGUAGAGCAACUCUCUGUGUUGCUGUAGUCAUUUGGAUCGUCGGUGCAAUUCUUUCCUUUCCAAUGCUACUCUUUAACACCACCUACACACAAAAUUUCGCUAAUGGUGAAGUACGAGUAAUAUGUUACAGCGAUUGGCCUAACAGAGAUGACGAUGGUCUUAGCUUUCAGGAAUAUCUAUACAACGUAAUCUUUAUGAUCUUAACAUAUUUUCUACCGAUCGGCUCGAUGACCUUCACUUAUGCAAGAGUCGGUGCAGAAUUGUGGGGCUCGCAAAGCAUCGGCGAAGCUACCGCAAGACAAUUGGAAAAUAUUCGAAGUAAACGAAGGGUCGUGAAGAUGAUGAUCGUAGUUGUAGUAAUAUUCGCAGUCUGCUGGUUACCACUCCACGUUUAUUUCAUUGUAACAUCGUACUUGCCAGAAAUUACUAAAGAAUCCUACAUCCAAGAAUUAUUUCUUGGUAUUUAUUGGCUAGCAAUGUCUAAUAGCAUGUAUAAUCCUAUCAUUUAUUGUUGGAUGAAUUCCAGAUUCCGUCGUGGUUUCAUACAAUUUUUUUCAUGGUGUCCAUGGGUGCGGGUCACCCCAGAACCAUCUCUGUCCCGUUCAGAAGCAGUUACAUCGCGAUACAGUUGCACCGGAAGUCCCGAAGCUAAUUCAAGGAUACCACGGAACGGCACGGUUAGAAUACCGCUGCAUCUACAAUCAACGAGAGGAGAAGGAAAUGAACGAUUUUUGGAACAUCAAAUUCGUGGAAGAAGAUGGAGAAAUACUCAAGAAAGAGGACACGUUUCCUGACAAGACGAGGAGAUGAUUACUAAUACUUCGAAUCCUUUGCAACAACAGCAGCAGCAACAACAGCAACAAAAACAACAACAACGAGUGCACACUUGGAUAUGAAGGGAUUUAUAUUCAAAAGAUAAUAUAUUAUGGCACUUUAUAAUCCGGUUCUACGUUAUGGCUGAAAACCAAACGUAAAUUUGUAACGAAAUCUUUAUCGUAUCUUCUUAUCAUCCAUUGAUGGAACGCUAUCUAUCUUCUUCCUGCCAUGAUAUUACUGUUUUUGCUAUUUUUCGUUUGUUUUAAGACUUAUAUCAAACAACGAGUUAUUCUACGUCAUGAUAAAUGACAAUAAAUUUGUUUCCAAUUGCAUUCCUUUAUUUAAUUAAUUAAUGUUGCCAUCGCGUCUCGCGUCAAUCCAAUGCUUGUCGAUCAUGCUUGAGAAAAAAAGAAUUUACAAAACAAAAAAAAUAAGAUAAAUGGACCAAUACAUUUACAAUACUUUCCGUAAAAAAUGUGACAGAAAUAAAAAAUAAUCUUUUUUCUAUAAGAUGAAAAUUAAAAAAUAAAAAAGAAAAAAUCCAUACACACACACACACAUACGUACGUAUGCACAUACAAUCGACGUUAGUUGAGGAUAUGUGAAAAUAUUUGUUGUAGCUUUAUCUAUUUAAUCUGUUAGAAAGAUAAAAGAAAAUGUUUCAUUAUGUACCUAAUCUACUCGUUCCUACUGUACAUGCAUACAUUACAUACAUACAUAAAUACAUUCAUACAUAUAUUCUAAUAGCCAAACUGAUGUUGACAAAUGUAUACUUGUAAUCAAGCCAGACGUAAUUCUCUUAACAAGAACAUCCAUUAAUACAAUAAAUCACUAUUUAUUUUUUGCUAUCGAUAAGAUAGAUUAUUUUCGGGUGAUUUUUUGUAAUAAACAAAUUAUUGAUCAUUAAGUUCAAUGACGAAAUUCUUUUUCUUUUUUUUAUAUAAAUCCUUGAUUGUUUUCCUGAUAUUAAAUAAUAUAUAAGGCUCAUAUAUUCUUCUUACUUUUCUAUAUUUCAUGCAUAAAUAAAAAAAGAAAAUAAAUAAAAAUAAAAUACUGAUUUGACAUAGAAAAUAUCGAUAGGAAAAGAAAACAUUGAACGAAAUUUAAGCUUUGUAUUUGUUUAAAAAAAUAGAUUAUUAUUUAUAAUUAUAUCUUAUUGUUAGCCAAAAAGAAUUUAAAGUUAUCGAUACUAGUCAUGCACGAGAAAUCAAACAAAUGUAUUUAAGACUCUUAUAAUUAUACUUAUAAUAACGUCAAAUUAAAAUAAUCAAAAUAAAACACACGGACACAACAAUUAUUAAAGAAAUAUACUCGAAAGGAACUUUAUUUAGAAGCAAGAGGAAACAAAAAAAAAAA